UUCUGGGGUCUUAGGUGGCUUGGCUUCGAAUAUUUUGCAUGAUGUUCAUUAUCAGUACAAUCAGACACUUGUUUCUAACGGAAAUUUUCUGCAAUUGUACUUUUACCAGUGUCAUGGUUCUUCCACCACCUUUGCCUAGGUGUUUAUCUAAUCCUUUGUGAAUGGACACACAAAAUGCGCCGUAGUACUAAUCCACCCAAAAUGGAUAGGAGAUUGCCCAGGAGCCAGGCACUUAAGAGCCCUUUGCUCUCACCUAAAAGCCCUGCACUCUAUGAAAAGUACAAGUCAGGAUGUGCCUGGGGAUUAAUUCACUUCUUUGAUUUUCGCCAAGUUCAUUGCCAUGGGAAGCUCAUUUCUGACAAGAAACUCGCAAAAAGACGGGCUAAAGGUGAUCGUUAUACAAAGAAUAGGCCUAAUUUUACCUCUAAUGAGGAGAAGGAUCAAUAUAAUGAUGCACUUGAUAACAAGAAUCUUGCAGUUAAUUCUAGGCAGCCAGAAGUUAAAAAAGUUAUACAAGAAAAGAUGUUUGUGAAGCAUCGGACAAAGAAAAAUACAGCCAUUGCUGAAAUGCAAACUCUACAGUCUAACCCCAAACUUGUUGGCCAUUCAAAGGACCAUAGGAAGGCAAGCAAGAGUUCCAAGAAAUCCUGUUGUCUUCCUUCUCGUGAUUAUGAUGCAGCAGCUGAGGGGUAUAGGCAGCCUUCUGAUCAAAAUAUGGUAGACCAAUCUCCAAAUAAAAACAACUUGGUAUCAGUGACAGAAGCAUAUGGCAAUGAUGUGCAUAUUAACAAUGGAGGGAAUUAUAAAAGCAUCAGAGGUAGGAAGCAUGGCCAUCACUCUGAGAUUAAUCUUAGAGUUCAUAUGAAUGAAGCGGUUGAAGCUUUUGUAAACCGAAAGUUAACUGAUGGGGACAACCUUAGUAGAAAUGAGGUAGCAUACCAGUCUAAAAAUUUUAUAGAUGCAUUGGAGGCUUUAAAUUCCAACAAGGAAUUAUUUAUGAAACUCCUACAAGACCCAAAUUCGCUGCUAGUGAAACAUGUUCAAGAUUUACGGGAUUCUCAGGCUGAGAAACAACAACCUCAAUCUUCCUCCAAAGCCAAAACAUCGCAGUGCCAGACAAAGGAAGCUGGGGAAUAUGAAGGGCCAGCCAAUGUUCAAAUGUUUGAAUCUUGUGAUAGAUGCUUGUCUAAGGCAAGUGACAUUCUCCGAUCUUUGAACACAACAGUAGUCCAGAGGGCUGGCAUACAAACCUGUCCUGAUCGAAUCAGUAAUUGGCCAUCACCACAGUCUCAUUAUAGCUUGAGGAUAAAAGAGAGGAGUGUUAGGCCAGCAUUCUUGCCUUUUGAACACAUGAAGAGGAAGUUGAGGCAUGCUAUGAAGGUGAACAAAAAAGAGCAGUUCCAGAUGUCUCUUGAUGGUGUUCAAAAAUCUCCGCAUGACUUUGUAAAGUUCGAAGAUUGUGGUACAGAAAUGAGCAAGCGGGUAAAUGAAAGUGUUUCCGCUAGUAAAAGCUAUCUCAAUGUUGGAAAAAUGUCUGAAUCUUCCCAUAAGGUCAAUCGAAGAGAUGGGAUGAGCCAAGCACAGAACUUUGGUUCAGGCAUUGGAAGCAAAGUGGCUUCAUCCACAGAAAGUUGCCUUAGAACCUCAAACCUGUUAACUGUAAGGCAUCUCAAAGGAAAAUUUCACCCUACAAAGCAUCUUUUAGAUAUGUCAAACACUGGUAAUGAAGAUUUCUCAAGAAAACAUACACUGAGAACUUUGGAUAGGUUAAUAUCUUUGCCUGAAUAUGACUUGUUGCAUGCAAUUUAUCCAGGAAGGGAAGAGGAACAUGAUUUUGCUUCUCAACAGAUGAGAUUUUCACCAUACAGAAAAUUUUCAACCGUUAAUGGAUACAAGUGGAGGGUUCAGAAAGAAAAGAAGAGUGGCUGCUUAAGUUCUUCUCUGAUUAAAAAUUUAGGGGCACAGCCUGUGUUGAAUAAGGAGAAACCAGAUGAUCGUUUGCAAAGUGCAAAGAAAAGUAUCUCUGGUGAUUUAUAUACUACCACCAAAGAGUUUCAAACUGUCUAUUCCCUUGGUGAAGAUUUGAGUCACAAAGUUAAUCAAACUUCUGUAUGUCCUCGGAAAGUCAUGGAAAGAAAUCAUGCUGUUAUGUGGGACAAACGCAAAAGUAAUGCUUUAGAAGUCGCUUUGGAACCAAGUGGUGUGCAGAAUACCAACACCAACCAAAGAACUGAAGCAGUCAACAUAUUUGGAGAAAGUGAAUAUUUUGAAUGUUCGAAACUGGAUUUGCCCUCAGGGGAUAAAACAUCAUCUUGUUCAACAGAUGUUUGUUCAUCAAGUCCUUUACGUAUUCAAAGAAUGGAAGAUUCUGAUAGCAUGAUUGUUAGAGCAGAGCAGCCAAGUCCUAUAUCGGUUCUUGAGCAGUUCUCUGUAGACGAUAGCAUUAGCUCUCCAAGCACCAUAUCUCCAGCAGCUGAGCCACCAGUUGAAUCAUUUGGUACAGAUAUUGAAGAACUCUAUGCAUCUUCUCUCAUGGAAUCCCAUUUGGAUCUGAAGAGUAAUGCAGCUACUUGCAUUUAUAAGCAAGGACCUUUGUCCGAGUGUAUAAGAGCAGUUCUGCAAAUUUCAGGUCUCAAUUGGGAUGAACUCUCUAGGAAAUGGCAUUUGUUAGACCAAAUGCUUGACUCAUCCUUGUUUGAUAAUGUUGAAGUAUGGCCUGAGAAAUCCUCUACUGAUCGUAGGCUGCUUUCUGGCUACAUCAGUGAAGUCCUUUUGGAGAUAUAUCAAUGUUAUUUUAGAUGCUCCCCCUGGGUGUCAUUUCUCAACCCAAAACCUCGACAAGCUUUGUUAUCAGAAAAUAUGUCUCCUGAGGUGUUGAGACGUGUUGAUUGGCCUCUUCUCUCGGAGCUGCCCCAACAAACAUUGCAGCAACUUAUUGAAAAGGAUUUGGCCAAGUCUGAAACAUGGAUGGAUAUCCGACCUGAUACUGAGGAACUAGUUACCGAGUUAGUAGACAGCAUUCUAGAGGAUUUGGUAGUGUACGCCGCAAUUCAGCUGCGAACUUAAAGCAGUAAAUGAUGCUUCACGUGCCUCCUUCCGAAUUGCGUCUGUGAAAAUAGAGGCAGCUUAUGCAGGGCAACACAACUAGUGUUCCAUGUUUAUUGAGACAUGAUCAGCCUCUUUCCAUGUAUUUUCUAACUCAUUUUCUCAUCUGAACAGCGUGAUGGUCUUAGAAGGGAGGUGUUUUUUUGCUGGUUUAUGAGUGGUUAUCAGUCUGGUGCAGGGAUUCAAUCUAUGGUCUGGACACUCCCUAUAUACAUAGUUUAAUUAAAUCCAAACAACUACUAUCA